CUGGCCUCCGUACGGGCCUGGACGGGAUCUCCACGUGCAGGAUCUCCGGACGGCCAAGCGGUGGGGAGGGAAGGGGCGCCGGGUCUCCCCACUUGACCGAGCGCGGGCGCUCCUGCCCGCCGGUCAUUUUAAAAUUUAAACUUCCCUCCUGCCUCGCCCUCUGCCUGGUGCCGAGAGAUUGGAAGCGAGAAGAUCCCCCGGGAGCGGGGAAGCCGCGGGCAGAGCAUAGAGCCACAGCAGGGCUGUGUGGCAGACCCGCGGCAGGGAGCUCCUGGCCAUGGCCACGCCGAUGCCUUUGGUCUGCGGCCAGACCGUGAGCAGGGUGAGCUCUGUGCUCAACCGGGACGUGAAGCAGUUUGGAAAGAAGCAUCUGUUUGACGAGCAGGAUGAGACGUGUUGGAAUUCUGACCAGGGCUCCUCCCAGUGGGUGAUGCUGGAAUUCCCGCAACCUGUCCGAGUGUCUCAGGUGCAGAUCCAGUUCCAGGGCGGGUUUGCAAGCCGCCAGGGCUGCUUGGAAGGUGGCAGGAAGAGCGAGUCCCUGGAGAAGAUUGGAGAUUUCUACCCCCAAGACAACAACUCCCUCCAGAGCUUCCCUGUGGCAGAUGUCACACUGGACAAGCUCAAGGUAACCUUUGAAAACAGCACCGACUUUUUUGGCCGGAUCAUCAUCUACCACCUGAGGAUUCUCGGGGAAAAGCUGUGAGCAGCUUCAGUUCAUGGGCCCAGCCUGCUUCCUAGACCAGGCAGGACCGCCUAGGAGAGGCCACUGGAAGGAGGGUGUAGAAGCGGCGCCUGGCUCUGGGCUGGGUGCCCAGGAAGUAGGAGGAGGGAACCAGCGAAGUCCCAAGCCCAUCUUCUCCCUCCUCCAGGGACCUGGGAAGAGAAUCCCAGAAAGAAAGCACCUCAGAGGGUUCAAUCCUUACUGGGAGCCAGGCUUGCUUAGAAGACAGCCUCUACACUAACCACCUUUAAAGGACUUUGAA